CACCUUCAUUACCGAGCGUUAUGCUCCCUGUCCCCAACGAUUCGCCAACACCGCGUUCACUCCCAGCUACACCAGUCAUCCCACCGCGUUGCGCAUGAGGGGCAUGGGGCCGUAUGGCGGAUAUAGAUCAUCAACAGCAGGUUCGACGUCUGCGUCGCCAAGGAUUUUUGACUAUUCAUCGGAGGAGGAGAGGAAGUGGUGGACGCCUGAGUCAUCUGCCUCUCCCGGUAUUGCUCUCGCUCAUGGCUCUGUUCCUGCCCCCGCACCCGAUUACGCCCACGAUUACGCCCACGUCACUGCUCUUGAGCACUGCGAGCCCAAGCGCUAUCACCAUCAGUCUCAGUACCAGUAUCAGCACAUCACCCUCCCGCAGCAGUCGUCGAACCACAUGAACACCCGGCGUCUUUCCACACUGCCGACACCUCCUCUCCCCAGCCGAUUACGUUCCCAUCCUCUACCCUGUCCCCAUCGUCGUUCACGACGACCACCCCGCCCACGUUACCGGACGACUCCUUCACCUCCCAGCCGACCCAGCACGAAUUUUACAUCCCAGGCCCGGAGGAAUUCUGCGACACCCACAGCCUGAACACGCAGCAGCAGGGGAACGUCGUGAACGUAGACGCGGUGCAGUGGAACGCGGCUCCGGACGUGAACGCGAACCAGUACAACACCGCGAAUGUGAACGCGUACGACUCGUUCACGCCGAGUGAGUGGCCCGCGACGUCGCAGGGGAAUGUUGGGCCAUACUACGACGAUGGUCUCAAUGGGGCCUCGUCGUCGUUGGCGUUGCCGUCGGUGGGAACGACGGGGUAUGAGGAGAUGGUGCCGAUGCAGGUGCCGCUUGGGCAACCGUUCUGCCCUGAGCCCGAGUUCGACUUCGGGAGCUUUGGAGAGGACGGGGCGUAGAGUGAUCGUUGACGAGGAAGGCGAGAAGAUGCGAGAAGAAAGAAACAGAAAAUGAAGUCAAAAAGUACCGUUCAAGGUUGUAUUUUCAUCAUUUCGUCUCUAUUACGCUUUUAUUUUCUUCUAUUGUUGUGUUUUUUUCUAUCUAUUGGUUCUGGGUUCGUCACCACCACCGUCAUCGUUGUUUUUGUCGUUGUUGUUGUGGUCAUCGUUCUUGUUCUCAUCGUCGUCGUUGUCAUCGUCGUCAUUGUUGUUGUCACCACCAUCAUCCGUUGUCUGUUGUGUUUUUACUCUCGCUU